GAAAAAUAUCCUCACUUGAAGAUUUUUAGGAGGGAAAUAUGUAUUUUCCAACAUAGAACAGAUGUGCAUUUGUAGGGAAAAUACAACUUUCCAGAUGAUAUCAGUUCCUAGCGUGUUAUUGUUUUCUCUCCUCUAGAAGUGGGUCUGUUUGUAACUCUAUCCUGGUCAAAUAAAUAAGAACAAGAAAAGGGAAUACAUAUAUUGGGGAGUGGGGAAUAUCUGAUCUCAUUGGCCAGCUUACUUCUGAGGUUGAAUCAGGACACUCCGCUCUAGUUGUUGAAUCUGUAAUGGCAUUUCAUGUGAAGAAAAUGACUCUGAGGGCCACUGUGAUUAAAGAAUAAAGUUUGUGUGGAAUAUCUUUUUACGUCUACUUUGAUUUACUUUUGAAGAUCCCAAGUUGCUUUUUUUGUUGUAUCCCUUGAGAAUGACAUGUGUGAAGAAAAUGAUAAGAAACUUCAAGGAAUUUUGUUAAAAGGGAUGGCUUCAGACACCAUGAAAUUAUCAGAACCAGAAUUGUCCGAUGACAGAACAGCAAUUGUCCCUUGGUUUCUUGGGAAAGAAAAUGAUGACAGGAUGAAAUUUCACCAAAGACUGGUUGCCAUUAGUGCUUUUCUAUUCCUGGUAGCUACAUGCCUUUUGUUCUUGGGAGAUGUACCUAAAACCAUCCAGGGCAACCAAGGCAUCCAUCAUUUGACAUAUCGAGAAUCUCCUCUGAGGGGACUUAAAUAUGUUAGCAAUGACCACUUAAGUAUUAACAAUAAAAAAUGCUCCCUGUAUGAACACUUGAAUGCAGAAUCUAAUAUUUCUCUGGUGGAUUUGCGAUUGAAGAACAACUAUGAUUUAGGAGCAGGAGGUGACUAUAUCCUACCAACCUUGACCCCAGGAAGAGAAUAUGGUUCAAAACUUCAACCCUUGAAGGUCAUUGUGAUGCCACAUUCUCAUAAUGAUGCAGGAUGGCUGCGGACUUUGGAAGAGUAUUAUGUGUACACUACCAAAAAUAUCCUGAACAACAUGGUAGAUAAAUUAAGGUUGUACCCCAACAUGACGUUUGUGUGGGCGGAGGCAGUGUUUCUCAAUAUUUGGUGGAAUGAUCUGGAAGAUGACAUGAAAGUUCAGGUAAGAAGAUUGAUAAAGAACGGACAGUUAGAGAUUGUUAGUGGGGGAUGGGUGAUGCCUGAUGAAGCUUCAACAUCCUACUACUCAAUCAUAGACCAAUUGAUGGAAGGCCACCAGUGGAUUAUGGAAAAUCUACAGGUCAAACCCAAAAAUAGCUGGGCCAUUGAUCCAUUUGGCCACUCAGGCACCGUACCAUACUUGUGGAAAAAAGCAGGACUAGAGAAUAUGGUCAUUCAGCGGAUACACCAAGCUACAAAAGGCUCCCUGGCUCAGAAAAAGAGCUUGGAGUUUUUAUGGCGACAACCUUGGGACAUCAAGGGAUCAUUGGAUAUUCUUUGUCAUGUGAUGCCCUACAUGCUGUAUACAGUUAAACACACAUGUGGGCCAAACCCCUAUAUCUGCAUGAUGUUUGACUUUCAAGUUCAUAAAAGAAAAUACAGGAAAACUUUUGCAGAACCAAUUUCAUUGAAAAAUGUUCAAGAGCAAGCAAGGCAGCUUUAUGAGCAAUAUCGCAGAAAAGCCAGUCUUUACAACUAUGACACAAUUCUAGUUCCGUUAGGUGAUGACUUCAGAUAUGAUUCAGCUCAGGAAUGGGACCAGCAAUAUCAGAAUUAUAACAUGCUUAUACAGUACAUGAAUGCCAGAGAAGACUGGAGGAUUGAUGUACAGUUUGGAACACUCAAAGACUAUUUUGAAAUCCUCAGAAAAUCUGAGAAGCAGAAAACAAAACAACAUAAUGAUAAAAAUUUCCCAACAGUCUCUGGUGACUUUUUCCCUUAUUCUGACAAAAGCAAUGCUUAUUGGAGUGGGUAUUUUACCACAAGACCAUAUGCCAAGAAAUUCAGUCGAGAAGUAGAAAGAAAUUUACAUGCAGCCGAUGUCCUGAAUACAUUAGUAACAGGCUAUAGUCAAAAAUGGAAUGUAAAAUACCAUACUUAUCAUGAUAUCUCUAAUUUCCUGCAACAGUCCCGGAGAAACCUAGCUUUAUUUUUGCACCAUGAUGCUAUCACAGGAACCGCAAAAGAGUAUGUAAUGCAGGACUAUGAAAAUAAACUUUUCCACUCUUUCAAUUCUACCCAGAAAGUUAUUUCAAAUUCAGCUCAGUUUCUCCUGACAGGAGGAGAUCUGGAGCUGCCCAUGAUACUGGAGCCAGAGGAAGUAAAAACAUCAUAUGACUCAGUAACUAAAAAACGAGUGAUACAUGUUACUAAAACAGGAGUUCCUGUCAUUUUGUUUAACUCGCUGGCAAAAGCCAGGGUAGAAUUGACUUCUCUACUGGUAGACACUGAUAAAGUUAUUGUCAAAACAAGAGAUCAUGAAGAGAUUCCCUAUCAACUCAAUCCAGUUUGGCAAACUAGUUCAUCAGUCCAUCAUAGUGAAUUUGAGAUCAUCUUUCUGAAAAAAUUAGCUGCCUUAUCUUUGGAUGUUGUGUACUUAUUUAAAGCUGAGGAAGAAAUCAAGUCUGUUUACCCAGCAAAAAUUUCUAUUUUCAAUUCCAUGGAGUUUAACAUUGCUCCAGAAUUGGUGUUUGAGAGAGAAAAGCCCAGAUAUUCUGGAAGUUAUCAGACAAAUAUUCCUCUUGAAAAUGAGUACCUGAGAGCAGAAUUUGAUCCUAAGACAGGUUUACUGACAAGCUUGAAAGAUAAAAGGACAGGAAACAUAACCAAAAUGGAUUUGUCUUUCAUGCACUACAAAUCUCAAGGAAGUGGAGCAUAUUUGUUCUACCCAAGCGGAGAGGCCAAACCUCUUCAUUUAGGGAUUCCCAUUAUCCAUGUAAUGGAGGGCCCCUUUAUGUCUCAGAUAGAAGUUGUUCAUCCGAAUCUGAGACACAGUGUGAAGCUCUUCAGUCUAGCUGCUGAACAGGCCCAUGGUCUCCAUGUGCAGAAUUUCUUGGACAUGAAUGGUAACAUAAUGAAAAACCUUGACGACUCAGAAAUUAUCAUGAGAUUAAAUACUGACAUUAGAAAUUCGGUCUUUUUUACUGACCAAAAUGGGUUCCAGAUGAUUGCACGUAAAAAUAACCCUAAUCGUUAUGUUGAAUCCAAUUAUUUCCCAGUGACCAACAUGGGCAUUGUAGAGGAUGCCCAUAGGAGACUGACUGUCCAUAGUGCCCAGUCACAUGGAGUUGCUGGACUUCACCCUGGGCAGUUUGAGGUCAUGUUGGACAGAAAAUUAAUGUAUGAUGAUGACAGAGGUCUCGGGGAAGGUGUACAGGACAACCGACCAACACAAACUGACUUUAUAAUACAAAUAGAAUACAGAGAAGACAUUGCAACAGAUACAGAUGCUCAGCAGAUCUCAAAUCAACAUAGCAGUUUAGAAUCAUUUACAUUCCCAACCAUUCUAAGUAUGCAACUUAAUGACUUAUUACAGAAACCUAUCAUUAAACUGUUUACGUCUGUCUCCACAGACAUGUUUAGGAAAGAAUUCCUACCGGUGGCCUCCCCACUGCCUUGUGAUAUCAGUCUAGUGCAUUUGAGAAACUUGGUCAACUCAGAACUAGACUAUACUAAUUCCAGUUUAGUGUUGCAUCGCAGGGGUUACAAGUGUGGCUUCCCGACAUUAGAUGUACAAUGUACUUUAGGUUCCUCAGUAUCAUUAACUUCCAUUUUCAAAGACUUGUCUGUGAGCAGUGUUAAAGAGGUUUCUCUGACACACAUGUAUGAUAAGCAAACACUUUUACCCAGUUCAGAAUUAAACAUUCCACCCAUGGAACUCACAACUGUACAGUUUUCACUAGAUAAUUAUAGGUAGCAGUUGUAUGUUGAACUAGAUUAUUGCAAAUGUUUUAACUUUGAUGAAAUAUCUUGUGAAUCAUGAUUUAAUAGUACUUGGUGACUUAUUUAAUUGGAUUAUCUAUUAAGGAUUAUUUUAAACAGUAAAACAAGUAAAUCUAUGAAGUCGUUAUAGCAACAGAAGCUAUAGAAAUUUACAUUUCAUUUUAAAAUCAAGCAUUUCACUUAAAAUAUAAAUGAAAGAUAUAAUAUAAUGCAAUAUUUUCAUUUUCAUAUUCAUUUCUAUGGUGAUAAAUUAGAUUGUAGCUGUCAAUCAUAAAUGUAUAUUCAUUAAGAUAAGACAGCCAUAUCUAGAUAUAGCCUCAAAGGCAGAAAGUGGACAUAUUAUCAUAUUAUUAGUGGGUUUUUUCUUUUUCUUUUUAUAUUUUCUGUUAGAAUGCAAAAAUUUAAUGUGUAUAUUCUAAAUAUGAAAAUUUCUUUGCACUGCAAGUAUACCUAUCUGUACAACCAAAUAAUGCUUGCUGUCCCAGCAACCCUUUAAUUCAUAGCAUAAAUUCAGAAAUAAAGUGACCAGUUUUUAACUAUUUUAAUGUUUUAAAUAUUUGGCCUUUCAUUUUUUUUUUUCAUUUUUAAAAAUAUUUAUGGUGCAUAUGAACUUAAUAGGAAUAAUUAUUGUACAAUAUAUAUGUAUAUGUAUGAGAGUAAAUAUUUUGCAUUAUUGUUGCUGUGUGUGUUUUUAAUUGCAACAAACAAAACGGUGUAAAUUUUAUUGUGUAUACACAUUUUGAUCCUAUUUUUUUUCCCUUUGAUUCAAACAUUCCACCCCAUAAUUAAGUUUUCAUACCAUCUUGGAGCUUGCAUGGUCAUGGUAUUGUAUGCAAGUUUGCAGUGUUAUAUUAAAUAUCAAAUGAAAUCAUGUGUGAUAUUGCUACAUAUUUCAUAUUCUUAUAAUUCUUUGUAUGGUUGUCAUUGAACUGAUACAUAAAAAUAAAUGAUCUGGAAAACGAA